AUGGAGAGGGAGAAUACCGUGAAUGAUGAGUGGCACGAUGGAAGUAUCGAGAAUAUGGUUGUUCAUCUCAAUAGGAGUGUCGAGACGAUUGUCGCUCCAGAGAUGAGGAGGGUGAACGCUGUGAAGGAUGGCGGCUUUCCUUCUGUUCCUCCCUCCUUUGAGCUACAGGUGAGUGUACCAUGCAGCAGCUUGCUGAAGGUGGUGACCGUUCGAUGUGGCCACUGCGCUGGUCUCCUCUCUGUUAGCUUGGUGCGGACUGACUUUGUUCCUCUGCAGCUCCUAGGCUCCAUCGGGAAUGAUGAGGAAAAACACGAAGAAUGUACUGUAGAUGACCCUCCCGGCAGGGCCUGCGAAGAUGGAGAUGAUGAAGAAGACAAUGAAAAAAAGAGUCCCCCUGAUCAGACCCCUGUAGUAAAUAAACCUCCAGAGAAGAGACAGCGAGCUCCAUCAGCUUAUAACCGCUUCAUCAAGGAAGAGAUUCAGAGGAUCAAAGCUAAAGAACCAAACAUCACCCACAGGGAGGCCUUUAGUACAGCUGCUAAAAAUUGGGCUCACUUCCCUCGAGUUCAGGCCAAGGGACAUGGUGAGAGCUGCAGCACGGGAGAAGGGGAAAAUGAUGGGGAGAUGGAUGGAAGAAGCCAAGGUAUUUGCAAGAAGAAGCCAUAA